UCAAGUUUGGAUGAAAUUCAUGUUUUACUGGACGACGUUAUGAAAGUUCCUCAUCCAUCUGCAUAUGCAAGGAGAAAUCAUGAAGCAUCCGUCAGUGCCAUCUACGAGAAUGCCAAAGCCGGGAUGUCGAACAGACGGAAACGGAAGAGGGCAGACUUAGAGUCUGCAACCGACACCCCGGAACUGACCGCGUUGAAGGCCAAUCUAGACAACAUACAGCUCCAAAGUUGGCUCUUGACGCAGGAUUCAGCCUUAUUUAUUAGGGGACCUAUGCAUCACGACCAGAACGCAUUGUCACAAUUGAAAAAAUCCGAGGAUGGCGUCUCUGCAUCCCCUUGCUCGGCUCUACUCACCGUGACUGUGCACAGUCGAAUAGCUUGGUCGCAUAGCUACAUCACGCGUUUCUCACAACAUGCCAUUCUAUCAUCCCAGACCCUCGGCGAUCUUUUCGAGGUCAUACCGUGCUCGUUCAAUGAGUUGCCUCAGGAGCUAUACGAAAACGGAAGAUUCGUAGGAUAUGUUACAGAUCAAGAUAUGCCCCCGUCGCCGUCGAGCGGCUGUGUUAUAUGUAUCGAAGGAACAGCCUAUGGCGACGGUUCGAAUGAAGUGGACUACGCUGAGUAUGUCGACAAUCACCUCUCCAAGAGAUUCCUUAAGAAUGGCCCGAAGAUGCACGAUACGCCAUUGUCCUCACUCUCGUUGCGACUUCACGAGCCUUACUGGUUCGUACAUGAGGGUGAUUGCGAGCAUUUUCUCGAGUUUAAUCAGAUUCGUCUUCUACACCCUGGCGAUCCUCCUAUGGGCUAUCCGCUUACACUACAAAUUACGCCGCCUCUUCUCAAUCUUUGCCGCGCAUGCACAAAAGUACCUGCUGUUUAUUCGAUUGUUGGAGAUAUGCGGCUUGGGGAGAGUCCGUGUGUGCUGUGCGCACCUUGUUGGAGGAACAUGGGCCCACCGAAUGGUCCGAACAGCGAGCGCGUCAUAAUCAUUCCCCUCCUGAAACAUAAAAUGGGCUGGUGA